GUUUAAUUUGAUUACAUGUGUGUUUUUUUAAUGGGUGUAAGUCAUGCCGAAUUACAGAGGACAGUCCCGUAAAUUCAGUGAGUUAUUUGAAUCGUGUUUGCAAAAUGACUGCGGGUAGUUAAAAUAGAAUAACCUUUAAAUCUGCAUUUUUCUUUAUGGGGUCUGGCGUGUGCUCCCCGGAUCAUGUCGGCGUUUCUCCCAGUGAAAUGAGAUCCAACCCGUUCCCCUGCGCACCGACUGCCUCAACCUGCUCACCGACAACAAACACGCACACCUUCAGCACGAGACGUCGGUCGGUGUCAUCCGUUCUGACGAUGACGUCUCACCUGUCCGUCCAGCAGCUCACACACCUCAACACACUCGUUACGCAGCGGACGGAGGAGUGCGCGUGAUGUUUAACGUCGUGCACCAGGGUCGGAAAUACGCGCCCACGCGCUCCUCGGUCACGGACGACUCUCCAUUAACCGUGCAGACCGUUCACAUCCACAAAUCCCUCGAGCAACCGGAGGCGACCUGGCCGCCACCGGGCGCCAAGAUGCGGAUCUCCAAGGCCAGCAAGGGCGCGGUGGUGGUGAGAGCUGUUCGGCGGCAUCCGUCUCCUCAGCCGGCCAGCCUGGAGAUCCUGGAGGCGGCUUGGAGUGAGAGAGGACACCCGGAGGUGAAACCAGCAGCAGCGGAGGGUUUACAGAGUCCUGAGCCAGAAGCCGCCGGGAACGGGAUGGAAGGUCCCGGUGGAGGGCCAGUGAGGAGCCGGAAGAAAGGCUUCAGACCCCCCGAUGUGAGGACCAUCUUCACCCCCGGAGAGAGGGACCCCAGGGUGAGAGAGGAGUCCGGGGAGGGGCACAACUUCGAGUCUGGAGGCGAGAACACCUGGUGUGACGUGUGCUGCCAGUACAUCUUCCAGGAGGGUCUCACCUGUGCAGGUUGUAAGUACACGUGUCACACGGCGUGUCGGGACCGAGUGUCACUCGACUGUCAGCCUGCAGCUUCACCUGUCAGCCAGGAUCACCUGAACAACAACAACCUGCUGCUCCAUCCACACUGACAGGAGGACUUCCCUGCACUAGUGUUACAGAGUAAAUACCUCCAUGCUUUGGCCGGCUGCCCCGUGAGUUCGAUGUCACUGUGAUCGCUGACGCAGGUGUGAGAGUGUCGAUCAGUCAGUAAUUUAAAGUAUCACACACUCAACUCCACCCUGUGUGUCUCCAGACAAAACAACAACUCAGUGACUCACAUCCAGCCCAGUGCGAUGUCGAGUAUUUCUUUGAGCACUGGUUUCAUAAAGAAAGUCUAACUGUAUGUAAGCUUAUGAGAAAAAAACGCCACUUCUCACUUGAUUUAUUACCUCAGUAAACGGCUUAUGAAUGAG